AUGACUGAGGACCAAUUGGAUGCCAUGGCUGGAAGUGACACUCUCCGUUAUCUAGCUACUUCAUUUGGAGUCACAAGGAACAACAAGCACAAUGACUUCUUGAGUUCUCCACCUGUGGUUUUGAGGAUGUGUUUACAUCUCCCUUGCACUCUUCUACGGAAUUCAUUCGACAUGUUGUCAUCCAGCUGCUUGAAGGAAAAUCUAUGGCACAAGUUCCCUUUUACCGGAUUUGUUGCCAUGUUGUCUGCCAUAAUUACAUUGAUGGUAGACUCAAUGGCAACCAGUAUCUAUUCUAAGAAAAACAAGGCUGGAGUUCUACCUGAGACUCAAGGAGAUCAAGAAAUGGCUGUAGUGCAUACAGGGCAUUCUCAUGGUCACCAUCACUAUGGAUCCAAACUUGAUGUUGAGGGCUCACAACUUCUUCAUUACCGCGUAAUUGCUAUGGUUUUGGAGUUUGGAAUCAUUGUUCAUUCAAUAGUGAUAGGGCUUUCUCUUGGAGCCUCCAACAACAUUUGCACAAUCAAAGGACUUGUAGCUGCACUUUGCUUCCACCAAAUGUUUGAAGGAAUGGGACCUGGUGGUUGCAUUCUUCAGGGCAUAACACUUACAUCGGAGCCAUUUCCCGAGGUCAACAGUACUAUGGACUACUUAAAAAGAAAACGGCCCUCGUGCUUAGAUUAUUGUUGGUUUGCUGAACGCCUCGUCAGCUCGCCUUUUGGUUUACAUGGCUUGGUGGAUCUUCUUGCAACAGAUUUCACGGGACCAAAGUUACAGGGUAGCAUCAAGCUGCAAAUCAAAUCGUAUAUGGCUGUUCUGUUGGGUGCUGGAGGAAUGUCUCUCAUGGCUAAAUGGGCUUAG